GUCGCAUCUUUUUACUUUUUCAUACAAUUUUCAAACUGCUGUAUUUAUUAUUGUAUAUGCAUUCUGAAUCAAGCUUAUCAAAAUACGACCCGUUAGGCCCCUGUAUUAACCUUCAAUAUGGAGAUGAUCACUCCGCCUGAGCGCCCAAUGAGCCCGCCUCGCCGGCAACGGGCCUGUCUGGCCUGUACCAAGGCCAAAGCAAGAUGUCACUUUCCGGAAGACACGGAAAACUCUUCUUCCGCCUGUGAGAGAUGUGAGCGCAUUGGUAUCAGAUGUGUUGCCAAGUCCUCAAAGAGUUUGAGGAAACCGCGACAAAUUAAACCACUUAACAACCGUGUAUCGUCACUGGAACAAAAGCUCGAUGAACUCACCAGAGCUCUCCACUCGCGAGAGAGCGACAUCACCAGACUCCUUACGUCUCAGACGAAUGCUGAGAGCGUUGCAGACGCGCAAAAGCCUAAACCUGCUGUAUCGACAGUACACAAACUAUGCUCUCCGGAUAUCCGUGAGCGUCCAGCGAGACCUCGGACCAUAGUUCCUAAUUCAUCAACGCCGCCUUUUGGGCUCACCUGGUACCAGGCAGACACUAUCUUACAGAUAUAUCGCACAGAAUUCUGCAAGAACUUCCCCUUCGUUAUCAUUAGCGAAAGCGUAAGUGCAAAGGAGCUGUUGAAGUCCAAGCCAGCAGUUUUCAGGGCGAUAAUGCUUGCCUGCGCUCCUCUUCCGACAGCCAAACUCGAAAAGAUGAAGAGAAACGCGCUGGCCUAUCUCAGUCAGCACAUCAUUGUGGAGGAUGAUCGUGAUAUAGAACUAUUGCAGGCGCUUUUGAUUGUUCUUGCCUGGGCUGAUCUAGGCGGACUGUACGACCAGCAAAUCACAAAUCUGACUUUUAUGGCGGUAGGAUACGCACACAAUCUCGGUAUUACUAAAAUCCCACGGGCUAUGCUCCGAAAAAUGGGCAUAGACGAUAUCCCCGAGGAUCUAAAGAGUUCAAAAACUGCCGAAAUGAUGAGUAAGGUGCAUUCACCGGAGGAACAACGAACAUUUUUAGGAUGUUACUGCUUAGCUUCAGUAAACUCAACACAGUUUGGUCGCCUCAAUAGUUUAAGCGGUCAAUAUGUUGAACUUUGUUGUGAGACGCUGGAACGAAACCGCGAAUUUGAAACCGACUUCAUCAUGACGCAAAUGGUCCGAAUGAUCCAUGUCGGCGAACGUAUUGCUGAAUCUUUCGGCGCAGCGGUAGACAAUACCCGCGGACGACCGUUUUUGUUUCUACUUGGAGAUCAUGUUAGUGCAAUGCGCACGGAGCUUGACACCAUCAUGGCAUCAUUAUCAGAAAAGAACAUCAAAGAGAAUAUGCCAAGCUUAUCCCAACAAGACGUUUACGAAUUUCACAUCACUUACGCGCUGCACUACCAGUAUCUUUUGGUGCGGCUUUACGAGCCUGCGACAUAUCUCAAGCCGAGUGCUGACGAGCCGUCGAAUCCCCCAUCUUACCGGGUUCAAGGCUUACAAAACUGCCUCAAUGCUAUCAAAGACUACUACAAUAUUAUCGAGCGUCUAUCUGGUCCCUUUCUUCGCUGUAUGCCAGUAACGCAGAUUGCGCAAGUGACGCUCGUUCUUGUGAUUAGCACUCGUCUUCUUCUGAUAGAUGGCGGUCCAAAUUAUGACAUUCUAGCAGCCCGCAAACUUCUCAACUUUGAAAACACCCUGGAUGACCUCAUUGUACGCUUGAGAACUGUUGAAAAGGACCGGUUGCGCGUUUUGGACGAUUUUGCUCGCAAUGCCGGACUACCACUGGUACCAGAGGAUGAUUCUGGGGUGGCCAGCAAGUUUUUGGAUACUGCAAUGAAGACGGGAUGGAUUAAGAAUUGGUACAUAGGGAAGAUCGCAGAGAAGUCGGUCGGCCCCAACUCGGUAGGCGCAGCGAACCCUUCCUUUGACUGGAACAGCGUUGGCUCAGAGGAAAUGGGCACAGAGGGUAAACCUCCAGUAUGGUUUGGUGGACUUUUGGAAAAUAACUUGUGGAAUUUUGACGAUAUGGAUAUGCCCCAAUGAAUAAUUGAUGGGAGGGAUGAGAAUUUGUAUCAGCGAUUUGCUUACAGCGCCAUGUAUUUAUUUUUAGCCGUCCUUGGCUGAUUUUAUGUACAUAUAUUGUUCUUUAUAAUUCAAGUAAUACGCUGGAACGCCGCUCAAACAGCUGAACGAUCACCGUC